AGUCCGCGCAUGCGCAGGCGGCUCCUCUGUGCGCUCUACUGUUUGCAUUGUGUCUGAACUGCCGGCGAGCUUUAAAAAUAUUAUACCCACCGCGGCAAUGUCGGGCAGGUCGGUCCGAGCUGAGACCCGGAGCAGGGCGAAGGAUGACAUCAAGAGGGUUAUGGCCGCUAUUGAGAAAGUACGAAAAUGGUAAGAAAGAGAAGAAGAGGGGAAAAAGCUGGCUUCGUUAUCUAACACGAGAAAGGCUUGCUUGUUGGGGGAGGAGAGGGAAGGAGCGAGACGGGAGUGAGGGAUGAAAUUGAAAGAAAAAAAAUGACAAUUUGUGAACGGGGAUCGGCGGCAGAUGUAGCCGCCGCUCAGGUGCAGCGCGGCGCAUUGAGCGGCGCAUUACCCGGCUCGUCAAACAUACGGCGCGUACCCGGUGUUCUUUUCUCGGUGUCUCUCUCUUUUAACGGCUGGGCUUGAACCAGAAGCCAUUUCGAUGCAGUCACAUGAAGCCAUUGCUGCCCGCCGCCGAGUGUGUAGGGCAGGCAGGCGGCGGUUUUUUUCUUUUUGCGCCGAAACGUCCGAUAACUCUCGACUCUGGAACAAUUUGACGACGGCGCUCUCGAGUCGGAGUAGUUUAGUCCGUGUGGAGUUUUAAAUUAAGCGCUUUGAGUCGCCCUUUAGGUCUGAUAGAGAAGGAGGCACGGUGGGGGUUGGGAGAGGGAAGUAGGCUACAGUAGUGCAUGGCUGAACACGUAGUGACUCAGUCUUUAACGUUAAACUGCCGAAAAAACAGCCGUUUUAUCCACAUUUAACGACUCAUACCUUCACGUUUUUCACACACGAAGACGCAGUUUUUCAGUAUGUUGGUGUAACCCCGCCCGGUGGGGUUUUUUAAGCUAUGUAAAAUAUUUUAUCAGGUGUUUAAAUCAAACGUCCUCAGGUCAAAGUCAGUUAUAGUCAGAAGUUUCUAUCAAAACGUUAUAUUCUAACCGACCACAAACACACAGUUUACACUAACUCAACAAAAACAUUAUUAAAAACACUGAAUGAAUUUAGAUUUUUAAACUUACUUUUUAGUUACUUUUUGACAGUAAUGAAAAGUAAUUUAAAACAUUGUGCUUAUUAACUGAAAUAUACUUUAGUUCACUAUUAAAAUUUAUAAUACACAAACCUUUAAGAGGAUAAUGUGCUUUACUUCUUUUUAUUUCAGACAUUUCGUUUCAUUAAAAAAGAAAACAACCAAUACAAAGACAGACAACAAAACAAAAGGAAAAACUACAACCAGAACAAAAUGUGAAACUUGAACUAAAAAGUAAUUAAAGUUUCCAAAACUUGACCUUUUUAAUUCACUUUUUUACAGUUACAGUUUCAAAUGAAUAAAAAAAUAAAGCAUAUUAUCCUAUUAAAUGUUUGUGUAUUAUAAAAAAAUGAAUAAUGAACUUAAGUAUAUAUUACAAUUGAAAAGUACAAUGUUUUUAAUUACUUUUUAUCAAUGUCUACUAGAAAACAAACAUUUCAUUUCAUUAAAAAGAAUGAUACAAAGACAGCCAACAAAACAAUAGGAAAAACUCCAACUAAACAAAAUAUGAAACUUGAACUAAAAAGUAUUUUCAAAACUUGACCUUUUUAAUUCCCUUUUUUUCAGUAAGUUAUUAUUUGGUUUCUUGAAGACAUUGAUAAAAAGUGAUUUUCUAAGAAAUGCUGUUUACUAUUUUGUAAAGGUGAUUGUUUUGUAUUUGGGUGUUUCUAAUCUUUUUUUUUUUUUUCUGCUGAAAGGUUAAAGAGUUCAAAACAAGAACUUUUUAUGAACAAUACAAACUGAGACUUACAUUACGAGGUCAAAAAUGUUCUUAAACAUAACAAUUAAAGUCUUCAUUUUAACAUUCCUUUAUUUGGGGGGUUGUGACUCUAGUUUCUUGGAGACUAGUUAGGAACAUGAAUGAAUCUAUCCAUGUUCUUUUUGAAUGAAAUCAAAAUGUUUUACCUCAGUUAUCACAUUUCAGUGGAUAAUAGUUUUAAGAUUUUCCUGGAAUAUGUCGAAUGUGUCAUAUUGAGUCAUUAUUUAAAGGAAAUAGGAGCUUUCAACUUGUCUUGUUUCAAUAUUUGCUGCAUUUCUUGGUCAUAUCAUGAAGCAGUAAACAUGUUUGGCAUAUUAUCAGCAAAUGAGUCGAUAAUGUGAGAAGUAAGUUACAGAUACUGAGAUUGUGUUUGUGUUGAUGAUAAAUCAUACAAUGCCUCUUAUAACUGAUCUGCACUUGAAUGGUAUUUAUAUGCCUUUCACAGUCUAAAAUAGUAUUUUAUGACCAUUUUCAAUAAUUUCUGUUAAAUUAAAUACACUUUUUUUCCCUGAACUGUUAUUUAAAGUCAGUUAAAUGACAGAUAAUGUCCUCAGUUUCUUCAUAAAGCCCAGGUUGAUGUCCCAGAUUGUGUUAAAUCUGCUGCACAGUAAUUAUAUUUAAAGACAAAACGACUUUCAAGUGAAUUAAUGAAAACAUAUGUUUCCUGCUGUUUUAAUCACAAUAUUUUCCUUAUAACUACAGAUUUCUUUUCUUCAUUAAGGAGAAAUGCCUCCAGCUUCUUAAAUAUGAUAAUUAUUCUUUUUCGCUGCCUUUUUAUUAUCGUAGAUUUAGGUUUGGUGCUGCUGGUCCAACAAAACAAGUAAUUAGGUUGUAAAAUAUGGCUUCAGGCAGAUUUAGAUACUCUCCUGGUUAAAUGGUUAUUUUCUGAUUAAAACACAGAUAUAGGGAUAAAAACGAUAAUAAAAUGAAGGCCUGAGAAAGACUUUAUUGUAGUAACAGUAAAACAAAGUUAAAGGUCCAUCAGUUUCAUAUUUACAGUUUAAUCUGAAAAGGAAUACAGUCCUCGCUGUGUUCAGUAUUUGUCUAGCAUUAUGUCACAGCGUCUUAAUUUAGAAGUAAAUGGAUGUAUGGUGCCUUGCAGCCUUUGAGUCAGCUCUGUUUUCUACACAGGGAGAAGAAAUGGGUGACUGUAGGAGACACGUCCCUUCGUAUCUACAAGUGGGUGCCGGUGACGGAGCCCAAAUCAGAUGAUGUGAGUCCAGAAUGUUCCGCCUCUGAUUCAAGGACAAAAUCUAUUUUACGAUGCAUGAACACACUUCCCAACCUCCCUCCGCCAUUCUGAUUAUGUUGCUCUGCUGUUAAAUUACUGUGCGUUGAUUGCCUCUGAAUUAAGCUCUCGUGUGUUUUUUUUUUCUCUGUCUGUAACAGAAAAACAAGAAUAAGAAGAAAGGCAAAGACGAGAAAUACGGCUCAGAGUUGACGACUCCAGAGAACAGCUCCUCUCCGGGCAUGAUGGACAUGCACGGUAGGAGCAAAAACUAGGACACUGGUUGACUUCCUGUUGUCAGAAUGUGGUUUGGGAUCAUAUGAAGGUCUUCCCCGAAAAAGUCUUUGUCUGGAUGUCUACAGAUGUUGCUCCUAAACCUGGAGAUAUUGUUUAAAACAGAGGAUGCAGCAGCUAUGAUUUCCGAUUCUUCAUUGAAAGGACAACAGGACUUACUUGAGACGUUUCGCCUUAAGUAAAUCCAGUUGUCCUUUCCAUGCAGCGACUUCCAUUCCAGAGUCAUUUCUGUUUUCAGUCAAAUAUUGUCCAAAGAGUAGCCAUCUAGUCUUGGUUUUGGUUCUUGUCCCUUUUGCAUAGAGAUUUCUCAAAAUUCACUGAGGACAGUUGAACUGUUGGCUCACGCCGUCUCUCACAGAGUGUUGAACUUCUUCCUGUCUUUUCCAAAGUUUUUCUGAGAGGUGCGCAAAACUUUUUUUAGUGUUUUAUUGUCGCUGUUCAAACUUUUUAAAAGGUUGUAACUAGGGCCCUACUGAUAUGGAUUUUUUGGGGCAGAUGCCGAUACAGAUACCUAGGGGGGAAAAAAUCUGUUUACUGAUUAAUCAGCCGAUUUUUAAAUUUUUUUAUGAAGUUAUUAAAAAAUAUAUAUAUACUGUAGGCUACUGAUCUUCACGCAGGAAGACCGACUGAUCAAACUCGGACCAGAAAAGCGUUUUCAACUACCCGCCGCCACCAAUCGGUGCCUCCGCGUCUUAACUCAUGUUACACAUUUCUAGUCCGGUCUCAUCUGGAGACAUGCAGCUGCCUCAGUAAGAGAAGUAGCUCGAUCACGUAAUGUGUACUGUUGUUAAUUCUACCGUUACUGGCACGGCUAACAGUGUAGCAAGGCUAAUAGCAGGUGGCUAACUCUAACAUUAGCUUGCAUAUUACAUGGUGCUUUACUGUUUACUCGGCGUGACCGAGAGCAGCACAGCGAGGAACAUCGUGAAGUGGGUUGAACUGAAACUUGUUGACUUAUUGUGUAUUUCACAAACUGGUUUAUUUACCGUUGAGUCGGACCACUCUCCUCCGUGCGUCCCUGAGCUGACUGCUGCAGAUCUGUCACUCUGCUGUGCUGUGAGGGAGUUAGUGGAUGAAGAUUGUCAUGAGGUCGUUGCGUCAUCUACAGGAUAAGUCGGGGAACUUUUCAAAUGGCAGAAUGUUUUCGAAAUGAAACCGAAUCUUAUUCUCCACAUUUUAUUUCUGAAAAUAUCUGCGAAAAUCAUUAAGUUUUGGCCGAUUACAGAUUAGUCUCGAACGGGCUAAAAUUGGCCGAUUUAAUCGGCUCGCCGAUAAAUCGGUUGGGCCCUUGUUGAAACUAAAACGUUCAGUUAAAAUUUUCGAACUUAAUUUUUAUCAAAUCUUUAACCACAACAACACAGUGUUCACAUCUCAAUACAAUACAUUUCUUUUCCUUUUUCCAGCUGUAUGUGUAUUUUUACAAACAUCCACAGAUAAUGUGGGAUUAAAUCAAAGAGAAAAAACAUAGUGAUCAUCGCAAAAAAACAAUGUCCACUCUAAAGUACAGAUUUAUAGGUGCGGAUUCUAGUCAGAGGCAGGAUGAGAGUAUUUUAAUAUGGAUAGGAAGUACUUACACCAUUAACAGUAACUGUCAUUGCAUCAAUAAAGUUACCACAAGUUCACAUCUUUCAAUAAAGGAGGCCCUCCGAAGCCUUAGUGAAAAUGUGAUCUGCUCCAUUUGAUAAAUAUCCCAUACCAGUUUUAAUUUUUGAAAACCACUAGAAUCUGUAUCAUCAAUGGAGAUAUUUAAUCAAACAAAGAUGGUGUAGAUAAAGUUUCAAAGACCGAAACCUUAAUUUUGUGUUUUAAUAUAUUAAUCAAAUCCUAAAAUGUUUUUUUUUUCUUGUUCCUGUUAAAUCUCUGUUCUUUUUGCUACUUGUAUGAAACUUUAAGAAAAAAAGAGUAUUUUUCUAUUCCAUCAUAACUUGAUUGUCUCUAAAAAACGACUUGAGACUGAAAGUUUUUCAUCUUUGUCUUCCUCAGACGACAACAGCAACCAGAGCUCCAUCGCCGACUCGUCUCCGGUGAAACAAGAAAACAGUUGUAGCACGAGCCCCGCCCCAGAGCCCACCAACACGUCUCACCGCGAGAGCAGCGAGGCCAAGAGUGACCAGAGCCCGGACAGCAAGAGGGGUCAGAUGCACAAAAAACACACACAAACACACACCUAUCGUCUUAAAGAGACUUUUUUUCCUUUUUUUUUUAAAGGUGGCUGUGUUAAAUGAAGCUCACAGCCGUCAGUUUUUUUGUUUUCCCUCUGAUAGCGAGUCUGUCGAGUGACAUCAGGACAGACAUCGUCACUCUGAGAAUCAGAAUGACUCCUUCUCCAUUAGUUACAAACACACAGUUUACUGGAGGACAAGCAGCUGUGGCCUCUCUGUCUCCCCCGGGACUUUAACCGUCAACCCUGUUUUACAUUUCUAUCAUUCUCGCACAGACCCUGUAGAGGUCGACCUCCGCGUCUGACUGUGACGGCGGUUUAAUCUGCGGGUCUGACUAAACUCUGAACGACAAUCUCUCUGGCAUUUACAUAUCACUGAAGAUGAAGUCAGAGCGGAGGCGUCACAGUCAUGUCGAGGUUACAGCUGCAGCUAAACAAAAUGAUUUCACUGAAGUGUUUAAUGGUAUGUAGAAGCUUGAUGCAAACUAAUAACAGGCUAAAACUUGUUUUUUCUUCACACCGCUGGAGGCCGGGGAGGAAAUGUGUUCUUACACCGUCUACAGUCUGACUCGUUUUCAAAAACAGAGAACUCAGAUCUCUUCAGAGUUUUUCAUUUACAGCAGGUCAGAGUUUCUCUUUAAACAAACUGUAAAUAGCAAAUACAGCUCUCUACAAAUCAGAGGUAAUCCUGGCUGCUAUUUCGGAUUUAGUCUGAGUCUUUGGACCAAAGUGAAUUUUAGUUUUAGUUGUUUGUGUGAGUCAAAGCGUUUAAUGACCUCAACUAGUUCAGUCAAUAAAUUUCUAAAUUAGUAUCAAGUUUAAAUCUGACGUGUUUCAUCACUCAACUUUUUACUUUUAUCUGAUCAUCGACUUUGGCUCUGUUCACACUGCAGGUCAGUACCGAUUUUUUAACCAUAUGUGACACAUAUCUGAUUUUUUCAUGUAAGUGUGAACAGUGCAAUUCUGAUUUUUUUCAAAUCCGACCCAGGCCUCUUUCGUAUGUGGAUAUAAAUCGGAUAUGUUUCCGAUGUAUGCAGUGUGGACGCUAAGGUUGCGUUCAUCCGACCUAUAUGUCAUCAAUAUGUGACAAACGUCACCAUUGUUCAACGACACAAACAGGCGCAGAAAGCAAUUUAUGCUUUGUGUGCAUGUGGGUCACUUCACAGGCAAAAAAUCCGAAUUGUGCAUCAGAACCUGCAGUGUGAAAGUAGCCUAAGAGACAAGAGAGGACUUUUUGGACAGACACUGACCUCUCUUCUCUUUCAGCUACAUCUUCGUCAUCACUCAGUGCGUUUACAUGACACUCGAGAAAACCAAAUUACUGCCUUACUCCGAUGAAGACCGGACACCUGAAGUGCAUGUAAACACCUUAGUCUGACUAUAACCAGAGUUUGAGAACUCCGAUUAAGACGCCCAGAUAAUGCGAUUGGAAUCCGAUUUUCUCUACCAUGUAACCAGCGUAGUUGGAGUAUGAUCGGACGUGCGCCACGCCCCCGUAACUCCAGAACAAAAACACCAGAGAAGAGGAGUAGCGUGCGUCUCGUCUGCAGAAAAAGUAGCACGUACAUCAUGUACGACAAAAACAACACUGUACGAUGUACGAUGCACUGUAACACUGUACGAUGCUCCAUCUUCUCGCUCCAAAAUGCCCAGCAGCAAUUGUAGACAUUUCUGACGUCUGACACGGACCUGCUGUUGUUGUUGACGGUUGUAUGGGGUCGGAUACAACACGGCUGAAAAGACCUAUAUUGCCCCCUAGUUUUGCGAAGGAGAAUACGUUCACGUCAAUAAUUCUAUUUUUUCAGCUGCAUGUAUACGCAGACAAGGAGAGAAGUCCGAUUCUGCAAAAAAAACGAAUUACGAGCUUAGUCUGAAUAAAUUGUGCAUGUAAACGCACUGACUGAUGGCAGAGUGGAUUAUGGUGAACUCAAACGUCUGAACCAAAUCCGUCUCUGUGAAGUCAAUCAUGUCCCGAUCACACUGACCCUGAAUCUGAUAUAAAUACUCCAAAACCAGAACUUGGUCGCUAAAUCUUGCAGCCUAAUUUAAAGAUUUGCAUUCUCUCCAGUGUGCUCCUCAUCCUCUGUUUUUAUACGAUGAUAUCAGAGUCAAACACAAGUCUGGUCUAUUUAAAUGAAGCCCAGAUCUGCUGCUUUUCAUUUGCCAUGUAAAGGUGCAGUUACUUCAAUCAGCCACACGGUGUCAGUAAAGAGCCAGAGAAACCCAAUCUGACUGAAAAGCUGCCUCAUGUGUUUUGGUGUCUCUUGGAGAAAUGUGUUCUGAUGCUGAUGUGUCUGUUUUGAUCCUCAGGUAAGACCACCCCGUCAUCAGAGACCUCAGAGAGAGCACAAAGUGCCAAGAGAGACAGUCUGUCCUCAGGAGAGAAAGACUCCUCAGAUAGCAAAGCCACUCAGGUAAGCGCACGUCCAAACGUCUGACUUUACCAAUUCGAAUCUCAAAGACAGAACACUGAAAAUGACUGCAGUGAAUGAGUGAAUAAGGUAAAGACGGGGUGGAUAACGUCAGAAAAAGGUGCAUACUCUUGGUUUUACGUGUCCAGGUUUUACAUGUCACUCCUUCAAUAUUUCUGUUCUCAUUAAAACUCAAAAAGUGUCUCCUAACUUUGAAAAACUCAAGAAAUAAAAACAAUAAUAUAGAGCAGACUUUAUCCGCUCAUUUUUGACACAUCCACCUUUAAACCAGGACAAUCAAACUAAAAGAAAAGAGAGAGUCCAGAUGUCCUUGUCUCUCUCUGAAGCUGCUCUCUUUCUAUAGCUGCAGUCAUAAAGCCUGUGACCUCGGGGCCUUCACUGAAUGUGGUUGUGGUUAUUUAUAUCCUUAGAGAUUCAACAGGACCUUGAAUAACAGCAGCACUGACUCCAGGGAGCUGCUGUCCUUGGAGCGCAUGGGUCACUUAGUGCUUUUUUUCUUUUAUUGUAAAGUUGUAGUCAGAGUUUAUCUCCACACAAAUUAGGGCCUGACCGAUAUGGAUUUUUUUGGGACCGAUGCCGAUACUGAUUAUUAUGGGGGGGGGGGGAUCUGAUUACUGAUUAAUCGGCCGAUUUUUAAUUUUUUUUAAUGAAGUUAUAAAAAAUUACAUAUAUACUGUAAGCUACUGCUCUUCACGCCAACAGGAAGACCAACAGAUCAAACUCAGACCAGACGAGCGUUUUCAACUACCGCGAUGAUAUACCGGUGAAAACAUGAUUAUUUAUCAUAUUGUUGUGACAAAAUAAGAUCACUAUCGCUAAAUGCGCUAAUGUCUUACGGGUUUGACAAGCUGUUUUGAUGACAUCUUUUUCUGUCAAACUUUGGACCAAUUACAUGGUCUCAUAUUCUUCUUCUAUUGUUCUCUUGAUGGUAGUGUCCAAAAAAAGGCAACCAAAGAUCAACAAGAGACAAGAAAGUUCCCUGCUUGUCUGCAACAUGAGAAAUAAUGGUCCUAAAUGUUUGGAAACAAGCAAAGAAGAGAUUAUGAGCAGUAUGAUGUGACCCUCUGUCUCAUCCCAGACAGGAACUGCUUCCAGGAGUGGCAUAAACAACUGUAAAUAAUAAAAAAAAGGCCUGGAAGAAUUAGUGUAAAUAUGUAAAUAGUUUCUGUUGUGUGUUUGUUUCAAUCCCAAUAUUUCUUCUCCUGAUAGCCAAGACUUUAGAGAAUGAUGUGCAGGUGAGCAAAGUACCGUUGGUAUCAAUUUCCAUUUUUGUUUUUUGGUUGACUUUGAUGGUUCUGAAUCUAUUGUCACAUUCAUUUUACAUCAUUUUUGCUCCAUAAACUGACAACGGAGGUUGUCCUAAAAAAAAGAUGUGUUUAUAGGAUAGGAUAGAGUUGCUACAUUGAAUUUUACAAAAAAGAACCAGGUGGACCAAAAAUAGCCUAAUAUACCUGGGAGUUCUAAGGGUUAAAGAGACACAGACUGAAUCACUUCUCCUUGUGUUUAUUUCUGGGUGUUUUAAAGCUCCAAUCAGGAACUUUUUCCUCUUUCUGACUGUGUGUUUGUUUUUCUCGUAGGAUCUAGAGGAGGAGGCCCCGCCAAGUAAGAAAAGCAAACUGGAGUCCUCGCCUCCGGACUAUGAGGAGAGUUAAAUCCUCGUCUCCUCCUCCCUCCCUCCUCUCUCCCUCCCUCUGUACCUCCCUCCAUUAACUCGAGAUAAUGUCGGGCUAAUGGACACACCAGCUCUCCUCCUCCCUCUCCUCCCCUCCUCCUCCUCUCUACCUAAACUAUACCAAAGGGAGAAUGGACGUCUCUCUUCCUCCCUCCUUCCCUCCCUCACUCCCUUCCUUCCUUUCCUCCAGUUUGCCUCCUCAGCCCUAACACUCCUCUGCCACAGAGGGAGAAUGGAUAUUACCUCUAUUCACUGGUCCCCUCCGUGCUUCCUUCCAGUUUUCCACUUUUUCACUAAUGCCAAGAGAAGCUCUGAACCCCGGGGCUGCAAUUUCCCCUCUGCGACCAGGGGGGCGGCGCUGUCAGCCGAGCUCCAGCCACCACCAGGCCAGACCACAAACCCUGACCUGCACCUGUGACUAAAAGAGUUAACACUGGGGAUCUGACUGUAGGACGAGGUUGAACCCGGGCGCUGCUCUGAGAUCCUUUUGAGAUACUGCUAACGGGUUAGCUUAGACGCCGACCUGGUCUCAGAUCAGCGGCUGCAGGGGGAACCUCCGCCCUAAGACCACGUCACUUCAAUCCUCCCGAUUCGCCUCCUGUUAGACUAAUGUUCUAUAUUUGUUUAGGAAACGUUUAGGGUUUUUUUCUCAGGAGGGUCAAUGCACUGUUAUGGUAUGUCACAAUCGAUCACAGAUAGAUUUGCUGCUGUAGUGGAACUCUUUUUUCUCUAUCCAUGAAAAGUUCUCCAUUCACACCUUUCUCACGUGACUUAGCUCGUGGUGGUUCGUAGAAGAAGAAGAAGACGGUACUGGUCAGAACUCUUUGGAAAAGUAGUGAAGUCAGGCGUAGGUAGCGUAGGUCCUGAUGGUGUGCCUUGAGUUGCUACGAUUAAAUACACGUUUUUAGGUCAAACAGGUUUAAAAUCACAAGUUUUGGUGCCAUGUUUUUGUUUUUGUUUUUGCCUUAUCAUCGUCACUGAUUAGCAUUACCCAAAAUUUACCCUCAACUACGACAAGAGAGAUAGUUCCACUUUUUUAGGAAACAGAUCAGCGCCAAACAAUCAUGAAUGAAAAAAAAAACUACAAACUUCUAGCCGAGAAAUAGUCCCAAUGAAAUGACAAGUUUUUAUUCUUUAAUUUUACUUCUUUAUGGUUUAAAAACGUUUAUCUGUCAAAGUUAGUGACUGUUCGAUGGAUUCGAAACAAAAUCCAGCGUAAAGGCUAAAGUAGGCGGCACUCAGUCGACUUAAGGAAAGUCGUCUUGAUGAGUUUUACACUCAGAGGAAAAAUCAUGCAUCACUUUUUUAGAUAUUAGACAGAAAAUCAUGAUGAGAAAUAAUGAAUCAGUGCCUCUACAAUGAACAACAACGACAGAUUUAUUCGUUUGAAGGUUUAUUAAAAGUUCCAGGAUUUUGUCUUUUUAACUUGGCUUGGACUAGAAAUGAAAGCAAAAAAAUCUCUCAAUUCCUCCAGUCAUUACAAAAACAGAAGGCAGCACGCCUGUUUCUAAAAAUGUGGAACUAUUCCUUUAAAGCAGAUGCAGACUGGAAUCUGAACACUAUCCUAAAACUCUUUUUUUGCAUCAAUGAGCCUCAAAAAUCGUCCUCCCUGGUCCUCUGGUCUGCGUCUACUUCAGGCGGCGCUCUGUGGUUCUUGUUUGGUUCCCUUUAAAGCAGAGACAGACCCGUUUCCUCGGACUGAUUUCCCCGCCGCCAUCAUGUGACCCAUAAAGUGAUCACCUCUCAUCUCUGCACGUGUUUCCUGUGUAUCACUACUUAUCUCUGACCUUCAUGUCUCUGCAGCUCCACACAGAAGGGUCCGGUCUUUUUUUCGCUCAAACGUUGGUUCUAAUCCUCCUCAAAGGUGCUGUCUGUCGGCUGAAUCCAGACACACACAUGCACACACAUAUGAACACACACUGACACACACACGUGGCAUCAAGGUCUCGGUUUUUGUGCAGAGUUGUGCAACUUACUUGAACUUUUUCGUAUGGAUUCAGACCUUUGACCUCUAACCUCACACAUGCCAGAUUUCACGGAUGGAUCAGUCGACACACCAAUGACGCCAUGACAUCACAGAGCUGCAGAAGAACUUUCCGGCAGAAUUUACUUGAUCAAAAUUUCAGCGAAUCAGCACUCACAUGGAUGGAGAGAAAAGAAACAAACCCAGAAUUGUCUCAGUCUAGAGGAUGGAUUAGCAUAUACCUCAUUCCCAGUCCAGCAGCGCUGGAACUUAAAAAUGCUAUUGUAAUGACAUUAACAGUUAUAAACAGCAUUAUGUACACUCAGUUUGAUGAAAAAGAUCUCACUUAUGUUGUAGCUUCACCUGAUUGAGCCGAUUGCUUAUAGUUUGCUCAUAACUGUGUGUUUAAAAAAGAGCUGUGAGAUAUAAAAUCUUGUAUGUUUUUUUUUUUUUUUUCUUGGGACCAUUUUUGUUUCACUUUAGAUCUUGUACAGAUUUAUGGUUUGGUUUGACUUAUUUAUUCCAUCAGUAGUGCUUGGUUUUUAUCAUGUCCAAUGGUUUUGUUUUCUUAAUAAAAUUCACAAAACAUUU